AUGGCGCCACAUGUGAAAAGCAAGCGUACGACGCUGAAACACAAAUACAAGGUCGAAAAAAAGGUUCGUCAGCACAAGAAGGAGGUGCGUCGCGCCAACCGAAACAAACCCGCCAUACGCAAGCUUAGCAAGAAGGAUCCUGGUAUUCCAAACUUAUGGCCAUUCAAGCAGCAGAUGAUGGAGACGCUGGAGCGCAAACGUGAAGCCGAGAAGGCUGCCAAAAAGGCCAGGCAAGAAGCGAACCGUGAGGCCUUCCGUGCCGCCCGAGAGGCAGGCUACGACCCUGCGCUUGCCCAGGUAAUGGCAGAUGCAACUAAUCGUGCGGCACACUUUGAAGGGAGGGAAGAGAAAAGAGAUGAUUUGAAGAAAGAGGGAGAAGCAGAGGAUGGAUCGAAGAGGGCUUUCAUGAAGGAGUUCAAGAAAGUCGUUGAAAGUUCUGACGUUCUUCUCGAAGUCCUUGAUGCGCGUGAUCCAAUCGGAUGCAGAUGCUAUGAAGCUGAGCGCGCAAUCAUAGGAGCAUCAGGUGGCUCGAAACGAAUUGUACUGGUGCUGAACAAGGUUGACAUGGUGCCAAAAGAGGUAUCUGACAAGUGGCUUGCAUACCUGAGAAACGAGUUUCCCACCGUCGCUUUCCGCGCAUCUAUCCAAGAGGGUCGCGGGAAAGGUCAGGCAAAUAUGAGUGCUCUAGCGGCUUCCAGCGUAAAUACCUCGGAGUGCCUGGGUGCAGCAAACCUCUUGGCAUUGCUGAAGAAUUACUCGCGGAGAAAGAACUUGAAGACUUCCAUUGCAGUCGGCAUCAUUGGGUAUCCAAAUGUGGGAAAGAGCUCUCUUAUCAAUUCACUUAAGCGGUCGAGAGCAGUAACAGCUGGAGCCACACCUGGCCUGACGCGACAUGCACAGGAAGUUCACCUUGAUAAGAACAUCCGUCUCAUCGAUUGCCCGGGCAUCGUUUUCUCGUCGGACCAGAAAGAUGCUUUAGUCCUGCGUAAUUGCGUUAGGGCUGAGCAACUGUUUGAUCCCAUUCCCCCUGUUGAAACUAUCAUCAAGCGAGUUGGGGCUGAACCUCUCAUGGUUGCAUAUGGUAUUCCUGCCUUCGAUAAUACGACAGAAUUUUUGGCACUGCUGUGCAAACUUCGCGGUAAGUACCGCCGCGGCGGUGCUUUCGAUGUGGAAGCCGCCGCGAAGGUAGUGCUCCAAGACUGGAACAGUGGCAAGAUUCCGUUCUACACCCUACCUCCAAAGGGUCCAAGCACAGCACACCUGAGUGCCAGUGUUGUGCAACAAUGGGGUGAAGAAUUCGAUGUGAAGCAGGUGGAGGAAAACGAGAAAAAGGACUUGGAGAGUCUAUCGAUGGACCCUGCCACUAGAGCACGUUUUGUUAGUGCUACCGCAUUGCAGCCCAAGGCGUCUGAGGACGAGAUGACAGAUGAAGUCACUCCGGCACCAAGUGACCAGCGCAGGGCUGACGAAAGUAAUCCGAGUUACCAUGUAGCGAAAGCGAAGCCAAAAUUUAAAGGCAUUUUGAAAACAAGAUCAAAGGUUAACGACGAGAUGGAUACUGAGUACCUUUAG